AUGAAUGAUCCCAUUCCCAAACCCAUAGUGAGCGUUCAGGUCCAAGCUGUGAAAGUCUCUACAAACUCGAUCUUCCUCAUCGUCAAUACCAUUAAGGAUGAGAUCCUUAUAAACCCUGUCACUGGCCAUCGAGCCGAAACGUCCACUCCGCUUUCCUAUAAAUCACUUCCCAUCAAUUUCAGUCUCCCUAGUUGUAGUCACCACCACAUCCAAUCGUUACUCCACGAUCAACUCCAUAGCGACGACAAUUGGUUGUGCGAUCACUUAGUCCCAAAGAUCUCAACGGCUGCAAUCAACGCAGGUUUUAUGAACAACGGCGUUGAAUUGACCGUUGGCGUCACAGUUACUUACCAGUAUGUCCAUGUCGAGGAGACAUCAUCAAAGGAAUCGAGGAUGGUUCGACUAGGGAGCAUGAAAGCAGAGGAAUUGAAGAGUUUUAACAUGGAAACAGAUUCGUGUUCCAUCUGUCUACAGAGUCUAGUCUCCAGUUCGAAAACAGGACCCACUCGCAUGAGUUGUUCCCAUGUCUUCCAUAGUAGCUGUCUCGUGGAGUGGCUCAAGAGAAAAAACACUUGCCCGAUGUGUCGGACUGUGCUCUACGAUCGAUGA